ACCCAAACCCAUCGAUGAAAGCGCGUGGACAUAAGAUAUAGGAAGUUACAAUUCACAAGAACUUGUCAAGAAGAUUUUCGAUGACCAUUACAGUUACAUUACGCGUCCAGUCACUGCCAACCGACUAAAGCAUUGUUGCGUUUAUUUGUAUAUUUUGCCAUAAGGACGGGAACACCUUUUUUCGCUCACCUUUCGGUUGCGCAGUUGAGCUAUUUCUUUUCUUAUCAUCUAGUUUUGUACUACUGGUGGAAAAAGGGAGUUCCUUGUCGUCAAUGUUCAUAUGUACAGGAUAAAAAUAAAUGGACCAUUUUGCCAGUGGUUACAUCCUGAUUGGGAGAAGGCAGUGCUAGUGAGGUAUGCUGGAGAGGUCCUGUUUGUGUGUCAGCCAGCAGGAUGAGUGUGUCUGACGGUGUGGUAGGAGCGGCCAGCCUGGACGUAGAUCAACAACAGCCGCAGGCCGUCUUCCUCCAGAUCUACCCACGCCUGUCCCAGGACAAAGCAGCAUGUUGUACUCUCCAGGUCAGCCCAGGGGCCACAGCGGCCAUGGUCAUCCAGAAAGCAGGGGCCACUCUGGGCCUGGACAUGACCAGUCCGUAUGCCCUGCUGGAAGUCAGGCAGGCUGAAGGGGAGGAGAGGAGGCUAGGGGACACUGAGAUGCCUGUGGAGAGGGUGUUGCUUUGGCCCCCAGGGGCCAGAAAACGGCAUCCCCAGGAGAAGGGGUAUUACUUCAUCCUCCAAGCCCAGGGAGGUGAAGGGGCUCUGGGGUCAGAGAUGGACGGUGGUGGUGUACCUUCAUUAGAGGAAUAUGAUGACUUGUGCAGCCUCUCCACCCUGACCGAGGACACUAUCCUGGCCGCCUUGCGCCUGCGCUUCUACAAACACAACAUCUACACGUACGCCAGGGGCAUCCUGGUGGCAAUUAACCCCUUCAAGUUCCUGCCCAUCUACAACCCUAAGUAUGUCAUGAUGUACAACAACCAGCCACUUGGAAAAUUAAGCCCUCACAUCUUUGCAGUGGCGGAUGUGGCAUACCACACCAUGCUAAAGCAGCAGGAGAACCAGUGUGUGGUGAUAUCAGGGGAGAGCGGAUCAGGGAAGACCCAGAGCACCAACUUCCUGAUUCACUGUCUGACGGCGUUGAGUCAGAAGGGCUACAGCAGCGGGGUGAAGAGGACCAUACUGGGAGCUGGGCCUGUGCUGGAGGCAUUUGGCAACGCGAAGACAGCACAGAACAACAACUCCAGCCGCUUUGGGAAGUUCAUCCGGGUCAACUAUCUAAAGAGUGGGGUGGUGAGAGGGGCGGUAGUUGAGAAGUACUUGCUGGAGAAGUGUCGACUGGUGUUCAGAGCUAAGAAUGAAAGGAACUACCAUGUGUUCUACUACCUGCUGGUGGGAGCAUCCAAGGAGGAGCAGAGAGAGUUCCGUCUGCUGCAGCCUGAAGACUACACAUAUCUACAACAGGAGUACUUUCAUUUAGAAGACGCUGAGGAUCUCAGACAUGAGUUCGAGAGGCUUCAUCAGGCCAUGGAGAUGGUUGGAUUCCUGCCCUCUACUAAGAAACAGAUAUUUUCCAUGCUCUCUGCCAUCCUGUAUCUGGGCAACGUGACAUACACCCAAUCAGAAGACGGCCAGGCGCUGGAAGCGGGGCCAGCAGAUGUCCUCUCAACCCUGUCUGACCUGCUCAAGGUCAAACAAGAGUUGCUGAUGGAGGCUUUGACCAAGAGGAAACAAACAACAGCCAAUGACAAAUUAGUGUUACACUACACUCUCAAAGAAGCUGUGACAGCACGGGACUCCAUGGCCAAGUCUCUGUACAGCUCUCUGUUUGACUGGAUUGUCCUGCGCAUCAACCACGCUCUGCUCAACAGACGAGACAUGGAGGAGGCCGUCUCUUGUUUGUCCAUAGGUAUCCUGGAUAUAUUUGGUUUUGAGGAUUUCCAGACGAAUAGCUUUGAACAGUUCUGCAUCAACUACGCCAACGAGAAACUACAGUAUUACUUCAACCAGCACAUCUUCAAGCUGGAGCAGAAGGAGUACCAGGCAGAGGGGAUCAGCUGGAGUACCAUAGACUACACGGACAACCUGGGCUGUAUCCAUCUGAUCAGCCAGAAACCCACUGGGCUUUUCCACCUACUGGAUGAGGAGAGCAAUCUCCCUCAGGCCACGGAUGACACUCUGCUGAACAAGUUCAAGCAGCAGCAUCAAGACAACCCGUACUUCGUCCCCACCACAGUGAUGUUACCAGCUUUCGUCAUCCAACACUUCGCUGGGAAGGUCAAAUACCAGAUCAAGGAUUUCCGGAAGAAGAACACGGAUCACAUGCGUCCGGACAUCGUGGCGUUGCUACGUAGCAGCGAGCGGGCAUUUAUGCGUCAGCUGAUUGGGUCAGACCCGGUGGCAGUGUUCCGAUGGGGCAUCCUCCGGGCCACCAUACGCAUCAUAGCGGCCUUCAACGAAGCCGGAAGCCGCCGGGCAGUCCCAGGUCUGGUGAAACGCACCUCCCGUCAGUCUAUAGGGGAACUGAAGAGGAGACCGAGGUCGGCUCUGCAGAGACUGUCCAGCCACAGCUCCCUACUGGACUUCUCGUUCGAUCGGUCCGAUGACAAUCCUCUGGAGGUGUUUGAGGACAUCUUUGCCAACUAUGAGAAAAAGAAGAAGAGCAAGGCCAGCAAGCACAAGCAGCUCAUUCCUACGAAUCUGAUGAACUCUCGGUCCCUGAAGCACAUCGUAGGCCUGACGCUCCAUGACCGAGCCUCCCGCUCUCUGCUCCACCCACAUCAGAGGAAGAAACCACCCAGCAUCAGCGCUCAGUUCCAGGCGUCUCUCAAUAAGCUGCUGGAGACUGUGGGGAAAGCAGAGCCUUUCUUCAUCCGCUGUAUCCGUUCCAAUGCUGAGAAGAAGGAGAUGCUGUUUGAUAAUGCUCUGGUGCAACAGCAGCUGAGGUACACAGGCAUGUUGGAGACGGUACGCAUCCAGAAGUCUGGCUACAACGCCAAGUUCACCUUCACAGAGUUCCUAGAGCAGUUCAAAGUGUUGCUGCCUAAAGAAGCCACCACAGCACCAGAGGACAUAGCUAACCUGCUGCAGGAGAUGGGCCUAGGACAGAGCACGUACCAGAUUGGGAAAACCAAGGUGUUCCUGAAGGAGAGGGAGAAGCAGCAUCUCCAGGACACCCUGAACAGGGAAGUGAUGCGUCACAUCGUCAUCCUCCAGCGCUGGUUCAGGGCCUGUCUCAGCAGGAGCCACUUCCUCUACAAGAAAGACGCCGCCAUCAGAAUACAGCGAUGUUGGCGUGCGUUCCGGUCGGACACCAGAUGCCGUGCGGCCACAGUGAUCCAGGCAGCGUGGCGAGGCUCUCAGAAGAGGACAGACUACCUGAGAAAGAGGAACAGCAUCAAGAAGAUGCAGACACUGUUCAGGAACAAACCAGAUCUAAACAGCUCAAAGGCAGAGGUAGAGAAGCCCACGCCUCCCCAGCUCCCUUCCAAGACCCAGUCUAUGCCCCAGCCCCCGCCCAAGCUUCAGCCCAAGCACCAGAACCAGCCCUUGCCCAUGCACCAGACCCAGCACCAGAGAAGCCUGGAGAAGAAGGAGCUGAGGAGGCAGCACAGUUUGGAACCAAGCCCCAAUAGGAGCCUCCAACCAGGCCCAGAGGUUAACAGACAGGAGGCUACCCAAAGGAACACAGAAUCGGAGAAGAGAGAGGGUAGAGGCUCUCCACCUCCUCUAAACAGACCUCUCUCCCUUCCCCUGGACCCCAAUGCUGGCAGGGACGGAGAGGGGGCGCUCACCAGCCUGUCCCCUUACACAGGCACCCUGGAGCGCUACUCCCACUUGGAAGAUAUCAAGGAGCAUGCAAAGAGAUGGAAGAGCAGGAGGGAGGGAAGACAUCCGGAAGACUCCAGCCCUGAGAUCCAGCGGCCCAGGGAUAAACGCAUGGAGGGGUUGCUGCUGAACCGAGGGAAGUCUAUCUCGCUGGACAACGUAUCCAAACUCAGCUCCUCAGGGUCAGGCUCAGACAGCUCUUCCUCCAUUACUGAGGUCAGGGUGCGCUCCCGCAAGGUGCCCAAUCACAAGCGGCGGUUAGCCUACGCCCGAAGCGGGCUGAUGUUUAACCUUAAGGGUUCCCAGGAGAGCGAGUUUUGGAGCUUCCCCCUCCCGCCCAUGAGCCCCUCACCGGGGGUCAGUGGCAUGGGCCAGUCCAACCAACCAGAGGUCCACAUCCGUCCACGCAAACCUGAGGUCCAGUUUCAGAAAUCUUCAGAUAUUACCACGGAUGUUGGAAGGUUCAGCCUCCCAGCCAGGAGUACCAAUGAGAGCUCAAUUAUCAAAGACUACAGCCAAUCCCAGCCAACCACACCUGAGAGACUUGGCUUUUUCAGUAAGAUUAUGAAGAAAUGGCCCAAUAGAGACUCUCAGCCACCUGAGUACGGGAAGCGGACUAAUGAGAAUACACAAUCUGAAAAAGGAGCACACACACACAUCCUUCCCUUACCUACAGCCAUCUCUCCAUACUCCUACCCCUUGUUGAGCGAGGGCAGCGGGCAGCCUCAUAACCCGUCCAUCAGGAUCAGCCGAGCCGCGAGAGUUUCUGAGAAGUGGAAUGCUUCUCUGGAACGGGAGAUCACCAACACCAACGAGCUCCGAAACCUGGACGAGUUCCUGGGGAACCAGGUAAAUGAGCUGCGUACAAGGGCGAAGAAGCUGUCAGCGACAGAGAGCAUCUUCCUCACAGCCACCAUGCAGUUCAGAGAGACCAUCAAGGGCAUGUACUCCAUCUCGAAGCCCCACAUCAACUACAAGGGCUUGUUGAAGGGCUACCAGAACCGUGUGUCCAGUCUUGCCGAAGCCAAGCAGCAGACUGAGGUCCAGUCAGUGGUCAACCUGUUCCAGUCCGUUCUGGAUGGCUUCAUACGGGGAGAGAUCAAACGAGCGGAGGCUGGGCCGGUCAAGACCAUGAAAAAGACAAAGAUGAGAGGGAAAAAGAGCAAAUGUCCCAACAGCCCUCUAGAUCACAUGUUCAGUACGUACCAGGUGAACAUCAUGCAGUCCUGUGACCUGUGUGGUUCCUUCAUCUGGGGCAUGGAGAAGGCCUACAUGUGCAGCGCUUGCAAAUUGAUAUGUCACAAGAAAUGCCUCUCCAAAAUCAUCAACGCUUGCUCAACACGAUGCGCCAGGCUGGACGAUGGGGUACCUGGCCAUCUGCACUUUGGGGUACAGGUGUGUGUUCUGACCAGUAAGACCUACCCAAUCCCUAUGGUGGUACAGAUGAUGCUGGAGCAUGUGGAGAUGAAUGGCCUGUACACAGAGGGCAUCUACCGCAAGUCUGGCUCUGCCUGCCAUGCCAGGGAACUGCACCAGCUACUGGAGACCAACCCAGAGAGGGCAACUCUUGAGAAAUACUCUAUCCACACGGUGACUGGUCUGGUGAAACGCUGGCUCAGAGAGCUGCCUGAGCCCCUCCUUACCUUUAGCCUCUACAACGACUUCCUGCACGCUGUGGAGUUGCCAGAGCAAUCUGAACAGCUGCGUGCGGUCUACCAGAAACUGGACGACCUCCCCCCUUCUAACUUCAACACGCUGGAGAGGCUGGUCUUUCACCUGGUCAGAGUGGCAAAGGAGGAAGAGCACAACCGGAUGUCUGCUAACUCCCUGGCCAUAGUGUUUGCCCCCUGCAUCCUGCGAUCCCCUGACACCACAGACCCUUUCCUUAGCAUGAAGGACAUCUCCAAGAUAACCACGUGUGUGGAGAUCCUGAUCUUAGAACAGUUUAGACGGUACAAUGAGAAGAUGCAGGAGAUCACAGAGCUGGAGUUCGCUGAGGCCCUGGCCGUCAACAAACUGAUGCUCAAGAGACAGAACACUAUCUUAGAGAAAUCUUCAUCAGAGCUGGACGUACCUCAAAUGGAUGAUCUUAACCGAUCGGAUAUAGACAUGGAGUCAGAGAGGACUCUCAUCGAGAGGAUCAAAUCCAUCAAAGAGGAGAAGGAGGAGCUGGCGUGCAGGUUGCCAGAGUUGGAGCAGGAGAACUUUGACGACUCAGAGUCCAGAUUGUCGUUGUCUAUCAGCUCAGAGAGCCUGCUGGAGGAUAGAGUGAGAAGCCUAGAAUCAGAAGGCAGAGUGAACCUGUUGUGGAGGAACCAGAGGCAGGAGUGCCCUCCUAAGCCUGCUGACCUGGCCCAAAGAACUACAGCUACAGGCCCCAGAGACCAACCAGAUGGACAGAACCCCCAGCCCAACACCAAGGCAAGGAGCAGGAACCUCUCAGACCUGGACAUCCCCUUCAUAGAUGAGGAGGACUAGUCUGGGUGCCAGUCUGUUUUUGUUCCAUAUUGAAUUGUCAUUCCAAACAAUUGCGGUCAACUUGAGAACUAGAAAUACCUCUAAAAUACAGGAGUAAUCAGUGGAGCUGUAUUAUGGCAAUACAAACAAGAACCAUGCACUUUCUGUACAAUUUCCUAUGUGUGUGUGUGUGUGUGUGUGUGUGUGUGUGUGUGUGUGUGUGUGUGUGUGUGUGUGUGUGUGUGUGUGUGUGUGUGUGUGUGUGUGUGUGUAAUGACCAAAGCUGCCGUGGAUGUUGAAUGCGGUUGAGGAAACAUAAUGGAAUAACACAAGACACAGUGCAGUCUAUUGUACCAAUACAUCAUGAACCACAAAGGCUGUGUUUACACCGGCAGCCUAAUUCAGAUUUUUCUCCUCAUUAAUCGCAAAACUGUACUGCUUGUGUAAACACAGCCCAAGUAAAGAGAUGUGCCUUUGAUUUUAGCCAUAUACAAUCUCAUAUUAUUUUAAAGCCAAGUAUUUUGGAUGUGUCUUGCCUGUGAACAAUACUGUAACGAGGAGGAUUUUAUACAAGUGCCUUGUUUGCAAUGGACUACUAAUAUGCCACUUAGCUUGACAUUUUCUGGUACUGUGUGAAAUACAUUUUUAUUUUAUUUUUAUUUUAUUAACAUAAAACGAAAGCAAGAUUCUAUUUAGGGUUAUUAGUGGGCGUAUAUGUUUUCCCCCCACGGUGUUUAUGUAAAAGUGAGGGAUAUUUUCACCUUGGGCUGUGUUUACACAGGCAGCCAAUUUCCAAUCUUUUUUUCUUUUUUUAUAUAUAUAAUUAUUUUGAUCAAUCAGAUCAACUAUUUAGCCUCUAUUUGGGAAAAAAAUAGAAUUGGGCUGUAUGUGUAAAUGCAGCUUUGCUGUCAUAUGCCUAGGGCCUGCUUUUUGGUGCGGAAAUAAAGCCACUGUGCUUUACCAGUAUUUCCACCAUUAUCCUACACUAGUGUUGC